AGCUGUAAUUCACUCCUCCUGGGUCCAUUGAUUUUUAAUGAUUUUUCAAUUUCCCCAAAAGAAUAGAUGGAGAUUCAUGCUAAUAAAGAAUAGCUAAGGAAAAGAAAGGAUUGAGGCAAAAGCUCCACAUCCCGUGUAAAGAAGUCAGAAAAUCUUGAUGAGUUUUUAGAAUGGAAGCUUCUGACUUGAGAUUUCUUUAGUCAGGGAGGAGCUUAGAGCCCACGGAAAUUCUAAAAAGAAUCCUAUUUCUCAGCUAAAGACCCCACUCCAUCAAAUCACUUAUAUUAGGUUAAGCCCUGAGUAUGCCAAACUUCUCCUUUACUACGGUAAGUAUGCUAUUAAAAGCUUCUAGGAUGAAGCAGACGCCACCUCACUAUCGACCCAUUCUCCUAGGUCAAUGUAGCUCUUCACCCUUUUCUCCCUCUUGUUAGUCUUCCAUUUUGUCUUAGAUUUUAGUACCCGUGCUUGAAAUAUGCACAACAUGAAGUUCCGGCCGCAGUGUUCAAGCAACAAAAGGCCGCCCCAACAAAGCUGUGCCAGAUCAAUUCAAUUACUGCUUCAAAUAACCACAGGUACAAAGAGCGAAGUGCCUGUUACAGAUGAUCGACACUCCUCAUAUACAAUGUCUGGUUCAGCAGAGUAAGCAAGACUAUUGCAUAAGCCUUAUCUACCUCAGAUUUCUCGUCCUACAUGAGUCCAGCGGCACACCGGGCUUCAGUUACAGUAGGUUGUGAAAGAAAGCACUUUUCUCGAUUUCGUGCACGAAGAAAGAUCCGGAAUUCAAUUCACCUUUUGCAUUAGUCUUUCUCGAUGGGAUGAAGACAAGGAACUGACAGAUGCCAUGAUUUAAUAGGGUAUCCAACCCAAUAGUCAAGGCGGGAGGGGAUUGAUGCAUCGAAUGCCCUCUUAGAAAGUGAAGUGGAAGAAUCUUUAGUUAGAAAGAAUCGGUUAUCGCAAUAUCAGCUGUCGCAUAAUCAGCAGCUACGGCAGUUGGGGAGUUUCAAGAAGACCAAUGAGCACCCAUUGAUCGAGUUGGGGAGUUAACCUCCGCCUUCCGAUUGAUCAAGUAAAAAAAAUCCAGUUGAUUACGAGACCUUCUGAUAUAGGAUAGUUUCCAGUAGAGCGGGAAGGCUUAGUGAAAAGGAAAGCAAAAGUACUUUCAAGAGCCGAAAUUUCUCGAUAGUGUUGUGAGCCCCUUAAAUAGAAUUUAGUCCUUCAACCGAAAGAGAAAGCUCCGCCCUUACUUAAACUUAAAAUCAAUGAUUCACUUCGUUUCGUGCGCCUAUUUCCUUAUUUUUCACCCAUGGCUACUUCACUUCGCUAGCCAAGCCUUGAAAGAUCCGUUACAGGCAUUUUUAUUGAACAAGCGAUUGAAGACCGAUGGCCCUUAAGGGAAGCAGCAGGUGUCGACCGCUCUAGGCAGUCUCGCAAGCUUACAGUGUCUCAUACCUUACCGCUUGAUGCCACUGCUUUGCUCACUUUAUUCCCUGCCGAAGAUCUUCGUGAGGUAGGUUCUCUAUGGUUCGGCGACCAAACCUAAAUUGUGGAGGAUGGUUACGAUUCCCCAGUAGAACCUACUGAUCAAAGAGCGAUAGGUUGAAGAUGGUUGAUUAACACAUUAAUUCUACCGGCUCAAAAGAUCUGAAAGCUGCUACCGACUCUUUGCCGGUGGACGCGGAUCAAUGCUCGCUGUUUGGCGAUCGGUUGGCUCAGUCGUGGUGUUAUUAAAUGAAAAAACCUUCCUUUCGUUUUCCAGAACCUUGCGAGUCACCAACGUCAGUCCAUCGGGUCAACCUCUAGGCUAUUAUUCUUCCUGGCCGGUCUUUGAGAAAGUUGUAAACUUAAGGAGUCUACCCUAUCCAAUAACUCCAAAGGCUUCUAGUUAGUAAGACAGGUGUCAGUACCAAAUCCUUAAUCAGUAGUGGACUGCUAGUUAACGCACUACUAAAGCUGAGUAGCCAGCAUGCGCACAUCAUGAUUUGCCAGAGGAGCUCAGCGAAUGGAAGAAGCAGGCAGGGAUAGAUAGAAUUUGGUAGGGAAAAGUGCUUCCUGGCUAGCGACUCGACUGUAACUCCUCUCCAUCCACUCCUUUCUUUAUCUACGACCAUAUGUUUAGCGCCUUAACGCAUCCUGGCACUUCUACCGUCUUUCUCUAUGACUUUGAUUUGUAAAGAAACUUGUACUACUCAUUCUGUCUAGUAAUUUCUUAUAGCGGACUUUCUAUCAGGUGAAUUUCAUGCUUUUUUCACUCGUUUAUGGCAUGUUGGCCCUCGGGACAUUUCUUUCUGGCAUUCGUCAAGUCAUUUUCAUCGUGGUAUUCCCCGUCACUCUUUUCGGCACAUCAUAGGCCUCACCAUCAGAUGCCGAAUCCGCUUCAACCGGAAUCGAAGAAGGAUCAAAAAGCAAGGUCGCUAUGAAGGCUGCGCCGGUUAUCCCUGUCUGUGGUAACUCUGACACCUUUAGCUUCAUCGAAAGGUUAAGGGGCCACGCUUCGUUAAAC